AGACUACUAGUGUGACGUCCGUCAGUUAUUGUGUUUUGUCCUGAGGCGGAGCAGAAGGGGCGGGACCAGGAUUCGCCAGGCCCAGCGCGUCCUCGGGAUAUAAGCAGUCUGCUUCAGCGCGUGGGGAAGAGAGGACAGGAGCUGAAUCUGGCUUGGGGCUGAGCCGGCUUCUCCACCCAGCUUGAUUCUACAGAGGGCUUAUCCGUGGAGCAAUGACACCGACCACACGGGGGGAGGGGCACCCGCUUGUCGAUGCUGGUCCUGUUUAUUUGCUUGGAUUGUACAAUAAAGACUGUACUCUUUUAUUGAGGGCCGUGCCUCUCUGGCUUUUUGUCGCGGCUCACGAGCCGGGUCGUAACAAAAUGGGGGCUCGUCGUUAGUUGAACCUGGUUGCGUCUGUGGCGUUUCGUUUUUUUUUUUUUUUUUUUUCUCUCUCUGUAAUCAGUGGGUGAGUGUUCAUCGUGUACACCUGUUUGCAGCUUUGGUCCCUUGAUAGGCGAUAGAGGUGUGGCUCCUUUGGGCUUCAUCUGGUCGUUGUCUUUGUAGUGUCGCUUCUAGGUGGUUAGUGUUAACUGUUUACAGUUAUCUCGGGAGCACGUCCGUGGGAUUCUAGGCAGGGAAUCUGUAUAGAUUUCCUUUCUGGCCCGCUGGUUUAAGGUGCGUAACAACCCGCCGCCGAAAAGCGUGAAGACUAGGGAUCAGCUGUUAGGUCAGUUUUUGUCUAUAGGCAAGAAUAGUGGGGUUUCUCAGUCUGCCUUUUGGGUACACGACUGGGCACUUUUCCCUGGUUGCUGUUUGCGUUUCGUUAUAAAUGAUCAUGACUUCUCUCUCUGAAUUUUUUGAUUCUCCCUCGGAGGAGUUUUUGGACGGUUGCUCAAAAGAGCAAUUAUUCGAGAUUGGAAGACAUUACGGUGUGGAAAUUGAUGGCCGACGGUCUAAAGAGAAUGUGAAGUCCAUUUUGGUCGCAAAUUUAGUUGAGAAGGACAUUUUGCACAGCUCAGUUGGUGAGAUUACAGCUAAACCUACUGUUUUACCUCCUGGUUUAACAUUUGAGCAGCAUAGGGAAUUGCUGUUGUUACAGUUUGAACACGAUAAGUUCAAAAUGAAAGUACAACUGGAAGCGGAGCACACUAGGUUGGAGAUCGAACGGACACGACUAGAUUUGGCUAGACGGAGUGUUGCGUCUGGAGUCGCUCGUUCUUCUUCCGUCGCUUCUGAGGCGGUUGAUAUGGCGUUUGAUGUCAUUGGGAAUUUACGUUUAUUGCCUAAAUUUAAUGAACUUGAUCCAGAUUCUUUUUUCGUCAUUUUUGAGCGUGUGGCUGAGGCGCGCAGCUGGUCUGAUUCUGCACGUGUGCUGUUGUUGCAGUGUGUGCUUGUGGGGCGUGCUCAAGAAGUUUUUUCUGCGUUGUCUGACUCUGAUUGCCAUGACUAUGCUAAGGUGAAAGCUGCUGUUUUAAAAACUUAUGAGUUGGUGCCUGAGGCAUAUAGGCAGAGGUUUCGGAGUUGCAGAAAAAACUCUGAGCAGAGUUACCUGGAAUUUGCCAGAGAUAUUAAAAUGCAUUUUAUGCGGUGGUGCGCGGCAGCAGAAGUUAAAACCUUUGAGCAGCUAGGUGAACUUGUUGUUUUGGAACAACUUAAGGACUCAGUUCCUGAGGUGGUUGCUACUUAUAUUUGUGAACAGAAAGCUCAGACGGCAGCUGCAGCCGCGGCGCUCGCGGAUGAUUACGUUUUGACCCAUAAAUCCCAGUUUCCGGCAGUAAGUGGUUUCAGGGGGGACAUUGGGCGAAGCGAUAGUUCUCGCCGUCCUGCUGGUUUGCGUAAGGUGGAAGUUAAACCUCCUGGUUCUUUUGACAGUAAUGAUCGUUGUAACUACUGCCAUAAGCGUGGUCAUUGGAAGGCAGAUUGCCAUCUAUUUAAGUCUAGAACUCUAACAUUUCAGUCUAGACCAGAGGGGGCGGGUUUAGCGGCACCUGUGUUUACAGGUGUUGAGAAACGAAAUGAAUCGCCGCUCGUGGAGCGGAUGUAUUGCCUCUCCCUGAGCACACAGAGACGGACAACUGUAUUCCGGUGA